GAGUCAGCUCUUUUAAAUGGCCAAGUGGAUGGACACGUGUGGCCAAUGGUUGAAUAAGGCCAACGAAAGCAAUGGCAUCGGCGGCGCACGAGCAUGGCGCGCAUGUUUUGAGCACACUUUGCUCAAUGUCACAUGCGCCCGGCCGAGGCCUCUGAUUCGGUUGUGCUUGGCCCACUGUCUUCAGUAUAAUCGCGACUAUACUAAUAACCGCACGCGAGACACACUGGUGCUCGCUGGCCGUUGCUGACAUGGGCCCGCUCAGAUGUGACAUCGUCGAACGGCUGCGCAAGGCGCCGAUGUUCAUCUCAUUCGUACUGAUCGCGAACAUCGCCCGCAGUGGUGCAACGUCCGAAACCCGUAUCGAGCAGAUGCAAAUUUAUCAGUACGACAAUUACGAGGAAUGCCGUCACACGUACAGCGAUUUUGUGUACUGUAGUACAAAGGCGCACCUGACACCAAGCUUGGAUUCAGCGCUUUGGGACGAGAUAAUGAACUAUUCAACACAUCCACGUCAUUUCGAUCGACGAACGAUCGAAGUUGGAGCGUGUGUUCAAAGGUGCAGACCUUCCUUUGACAGUGCAAUACAUAAUGUAUCAGCAGAGCUGCAGCGAUGCAUUGAACGGAAAAUGUGGUCACAAUAUGAGCUGAAUUCAACCAUUGAAAUCAUGCGCUGUAUUUACGCGGACGAAACAUUGACAGAAACCAGUACCGGAAUAGGUGUGGCUGAGAUUGGGUUCCUGUGCUUCGCGUUAGGGGCGAUAGUGCUGGCAAUUUUUGCCUCCUGGUCGGACAAUCCGCAGCAAGGAUGUACAGCAGAUAAGAAGAUUGCAAACACCGGCAACCUGCUGCAAUGCUUUUCCCUGGCUCGCAACUUACCGAAGCUGAUUGAGCGGGAGACUAAUCUACGCCAUCUUGACGGCAUCCGUGCACUGACGAUGUUAAUUAUUCUGCUGACCCAUUCCACCAUUCCCUUGAUAAGGAUGCCGCUGAAAAAUGCUAACGAUCUGGAAGCCCAAUUCAGCCAACCAUGGUUCCCGGUUGCGAUGGCCGGCAAUACGUACACGGUGCAGAUAUUCUUCGUCAUCGGAGGCUUGCUGUUGGCCGUCAACACACUGGAGCAAUUUAAGCACCGUGACAAUGUUGGUCUGGCCUAUUUUUUGGAUCGAGUAAAAAUUCGCCUAAUCAGAAUACUUCCGCUGUAUCUGUUUGUGAUCCUUUUCCACGCGUCAUGGUACCCUCGGCUUGUACGAAGGACCGAUUGGUGA